CGUGCAGUGAUAAUGAAUUAUUAAAAAGUUAAUGUUUAUUUAUAGAUUUUUGCUAUUAUAGUAAGUUAGUUUAGUGACAAAAGUAAACUAGUAUGUGGAGUCAGAGGUGUAAGAAUGUUUGCUACGACAAGUGAAGGGAACAGCGGCGAGCAGAGCUGAGGGCGAGGAGGUGAAUGAGGGGAGGGGAGAGGGGGCUGGCUGGCUGGCUGGCUGGCUGGCUGGCUGGGUGCGAUUAAUAAUUAGUGAUGAUUGUGUGUACCGUGACCAGGUGUGCAGCGCGUUGGCAUGCGUCCCUCAGCCAGGUGUGUGCAACAGUCAGGUGUGUCACGGCCAGGUGGCAGCGCGUGUGUGGGCUGCUUGUUUAGACAUCAUGUGUGAGAUGUGAGGACUGAUAUUAGAGACAGUAGCCAGACAUUUGUUUUUUGUGAAGCACAUAAACUCUCCUCAGCAGAUUUGCAUCUGGCCUGACGGCCACUUGUUUAGUUGUUUGCAUGCAAGGUUGAGGUGGCAGGAUGUCUCAGUUUCUGGCCUCACGCACAGGGGAGGGCGUGAGGGGAGGUAGUCCCGCCCGCCCUCGUCCCGCAGCCUCCGCCUCGCCCAUGCCCCGGCUGCUGCUGUCCGCGGCAGGGCUGAGUGGCUCCGCUUCUCGACUCAGCGGAGGGGCUGCGGGCGCCGGCCUGUCCACCACCAGAUUGGCAGCAUCCUACUCGGCCCUCGGCUCCUCGGCCUCCUCGGGCUACGGCUCGUGUGCCGGGGUGGCCUUGGCCUCCUCAACUCGACACGAAGACUCUGAGGACCUAUCAGACGUUUCAUCCGGCGCCGCCUCAGAGGACUCCGCCAGACGCCGACGAAGACGCUCAGCACAGUCCAUGAAAGGUGAGGCUUCUGUCUCUGGGAAUGAAGACUUUGAGUGGGUGCGAGGCUCACCCAUGUUGACUGGGUUGCGGGAAGGUCAGGUCACGCGGCUGGCCACGCCCCCUGACCACCGCACUCAUUCCUUGAGGUCCAGCUUAGCCACGCCAACCGAGGCCGUGGAGGAGGCAUGCGCCGCACUGACCCCUCGCCACCGCCAGUACCCGCGGCCCCCGCCCGUGCCUCGGCCCCGGACCCUGGAGGCCGGAGAGCUCGUCCCUCAUAGGUCCAUCAGAGAUUUAUUGAGGGACAGCAUCCGAGACUCCCGCGACAACCUCCGUGAUCGUUUGUACUCCCCAUCUCGUGAGCUUACCGGACAUAGACUGUCCAGAGACUCCUCGGUUGAACGCAGUGGGAGAGACUCAUCGUGUGAUCGUGCCUCUGUGUCCAGCCUCCACCAGCACAGCCACCACCACCACCACCACCUGACCCCCUCGCGCCUCAGCCAGCACCCCUGCUGUGAUCCUCCCUCGUGCUGGUGUGAGGAAGAGGAGCUUGACUACGAGUCCUGCGAUGAGCGCCACCACCACCACCGCCACAGUUACCAUGAGGGUCUGCACCGCGCUCACCUCCACCAGCUACAGCCACACCACCACCACCGCCGCCGAGGGAGCCGUGAAAGCUCCCGUGAGCACCGCAGCAGGGGUCAAGGGACUGCAGACAGCGGCAGGUCCUCGCCCUGCUGCUGUAGACACUGUCUUCAGUCAGGGUCUCAUAGUUCCCUGGCGACCCACGACUACUGUACAAACAACCGCCUGGCGCUUCCCUGCACAAACAAGGUGGGUGGAGGCCUCGUCAUCCCCCAGGGGAGCCGUCAACAUCGUCGUCUCGACUCUGACUACAUCGCUCUGUGGAGCUGCCACUCCCCGCCGGUGCAGCGACCCGUCAGCCCGGGGCGCAGGGACUGGGGCGGCUCACUGGAGGACCGUGUCAUACGCCUGGAGGGUGACAAGGACUCCUUGCAGCUGCAGGUCACAGUCCUCAGCGAACAGGUCGAGGCACAGGCUGAGAAAAUCACUGACCUGGAAAACUUGCUGGACGACAAAAAGGAGCAGCUACAGAAGGCUGAGGAGCAGCUUCAGAAGGAGAUGAUGAUAAGAACAAGCCUAGAAACUCAACGAUUAGAGUUAGUAAGUGAAAUUAGUAAUCUGAAGCUCCACCAGGCAGCAUACGAAAGGGAAAACAGUGAACUUCGAGAUAAGCUUCGACACAGUGACCACCACUCAGACCAUUCCAAGGUACAGCCAGUACCGUCUGGUGCCAGUUUGGGGCGGUACGGUAGUGGUCGGGGUGCGGCGCCUGCUGCUGCCUCCACCCCGGUCCACUCCUUCAUUGUCACUCCUGACUCACCGCAGGCCAACCACCAGCUUGCAGCCCCACUGACCAACUCACCCUCGCCAAGCAGCAUAUCCACCCUGUCCACCAUCCCCGCCUCCUCCCCCAAUAAGUCUCCUGCGCCGCCGGCCACGGCCUCACCCGCCUCCUCACCAGUUGCCUCACAUGAUGCACGAGAGUUCCUGUCGCCAAGGACACCGCCUCCGAAUGCAAGAAGAAAAAUUGAUCAGUUUGGCACAGUUCCACGUCAGAGAGAACCAGGUGUCGGAGGAGAAAACAGCCAGACCACAACUAAUGCAGGACGUACCAAGGGCGUCAUGUUCGGUAAAGGCUUCCACUUCAUUCCAUUCCGUGUGACGGGAAAAAGGAGCACUUCGGCCCCCAACUUAGCGGAGACUGAGAUGCAGAUGAUUGAGGACUUGCCCGAGGGUGAGUACGAACACCACGAUGAUGGAGCGUCCCCAGCCUCCUCCUCCCCCCGUAGCAACACCCUGGCCGGCCACCGCUCUCCUCCCACUCAUCCCAAGGCAACAGGCAUUAAGAAAAUAUUUACUAAGUUGCGUCGCAGUAGCUCAGGCCACCUUGAUGGUGAGUUGGGAGAAGGAGACUUUCGUCGAGGGGGAAUGAGAGCAACGGCCUCAGCCAGGCUAGGAUGGACGUCACCCUCUCCCAGCUUCAAAGAGCCAAGUGAAUCUUUUGAUAAAUGGAGUUUUGAAAUGCUGGAGAAGUGGCUUGGUGUGCUUGGACUAAGUCAGUAUUCCUCACCCCUUCGUUCCUGGACACUCUCUGGCCACCACCUGUCUCGAGCUACACCCCAAAAUCUUGAGAGAGAACUUGGCAUCCGUCAUCCACUCCACAGGAAAAAAUUGCAACUGGCAAUAUCUGCCAGAAUGUCUGGGGACCAACUCAACACUCCACUGCACCGCCUGGACCACUCGUGGGUGCUGCGCUGGCUGGAUGACGUGGGCUUGCCACAGUACAAGGAUGCCUUCAGUGAGGCUCGCAUUGAUGGAAGAGUCCUCAACUGUCUUACCUAUGACGAUUUGUCUUUCCUCCGUCUUUCAAAUCUACUACAUGUCACCUCCUUGAAAAGAGGAAUACAGGUGUUGCGUGAGCAUAACUUUGAUCCCUCGGUGCUAAAGAGACGCUCGGUGCCAGAUGAAGACCCAAGAGCAAGAACAUCAUCUCAGGUGGCUUUGUGGACGAACCACCGGGUCAUGGAGUGGCUGAGAACUGUUGAUCUCUCAGAGUAUGCACCAAACCUAAGAGGCUCAGGUGUACAUGGAGCUCUCAUGGUGUAUGAAGUGCGCUUCACAUCUGAGCUCCUUGCAUCACUUCUUUCCAUUCCAAGUGGCAAAACACUCUUAAGGAGACACUUGAACACCCACUUCAAGGAGUUGGUAGGCCGCUCUGUCGUACAAGAGAAGCGUGAAUUGGAGGCUUCAUCAGGUUACACUCCUCUCACCACUUCAGCUAAAGUAAAAAUGCCAAAGAAGUCCCAGUUUUCACUGAAACGCAAAAAGUCCAAAUCUGAUCUGGAAUUUGAUGAUUUAUUGUGUCCAUUAGAUGAGAAACCCCCACUUGGUGCUCUGCAGGACAGAGAAAAGGAGACCAAUGGUGAUGGAAGACUCUGCUGAGCAUCCACAGCAAUCAUCAGCUCCUUCAACGGUUGGACGAAUCACUAAGGUGUGAUGGACUUUGUAUCGCCUCAGGACACAAGUCCCCCACACUUCAGUUUAGUGCCUCACUCAUCUUGUGAGCCUGGAUGCAUUCAUAUAAGUCAGGGAUUUAAAUGUUGCUCAUUUUCAGUACUAUAUCAUAGGAAAAUACUACUCCACUAGUUAGUAGCAAUGAAAUUAACUAAAAAUUUUGUCAUUUGCCCACAAUCCUUUUUGUUACAGUAUUUUUCUUACUGAACAAAACACAAUGAUUUUGUGGAAUACAAACAAAUAGUUUGGUGCCACAAUGGAUGACUGACUAUCAUGAAUGAGUCUUUUGGCUCACCUCACCAGCCAAACAAGUGCCUUAUUGUUAUGCUGAAGAGCUUUGUGCAUUUUCUCAACCUUAGCAAUAACAAGCUAACACACUAUGAGUACUGCACUUUGCACAAAUAGGAUAAAAAAAACCUUGCAGGAAUGAUGUUCUAUGUGAGGACCUGUAAGUGCCUAAUUUGUCAUUGAUUUGGUACUUGAUUACAUUUUAUUUUCAUUGUAAUAAUAUAUGGAAAAUAACCUUUUCACUGCACAGACCAAAAAAACUACAAUUGAAUGAAAAUCAUUGUGCACUUUUCUUCUAGGGCUGAGCUGGGUCAGCACAAAAAUAUGGGGCUAGGCAGUGGGAGCUUAAUGUCCAAUGGGACUUUUCUACACAAACCCAGUUGUCUGGCUCACCACCUGACAUGCAUAUUUUAAUAUCAGACAGCCAUUAUAUGUGCCAGACUUUAAGACCACAUCUCAGCUUAUCUCCAUACCUACAUUGUUAGGUAAGUAGGGCAGCUAUGUUAAAGAAGACCUACCUACACUGUGGCAAGACUAGAACUUGGAUUAUCAAAUGUGAGCUGAGCACACUAACCACCACGCUGAACAGUGCUGUCUUUUGUCAUACCGGAUGUUUGGUUCUCUUGUUUCCGUGUCUGUGUUUUGAAGGUCCUCACAUACGAUUACACUAACAGGGGAGUAAGCUAAAAUAAAUAGGUAACUGGUUGUCUUGGUGGCAAUAAUUUCUUGUGAGUGCAUUCAGUCACUGGUAGCUUUAUGAUACUGACCAAAUAAAUAUUUUUGUCACUUAUUUGUUCUAAUUUUAGACUAUUUAAUUGUUUACUCCAAUUUAUAUUUAUAAAUAUUUUAUGGGAGACACUCAGUUUUGGCUUGCAAAGAAGCCAUGAAAAAAUAUAUCUUUUUUAUAUAUUUUUUCUUAGUCACAACUAUUAAUUUAAUGCAGCUAACAUUUUCUUUGGUGCGGAGAGGGCAGCUGAAUCAAAAUUUUCCAUAUAUGUAGUACCUUAAUAGGUUUGUAAGUCUAAUUCCUGGAUUUUGGUGAUCUAAUUUAAAUUGUGACAGUCCAGCACAGUCCCCUGCAUUUGUUAGAAACAUUAAACCAAACAUCGAAUCAGUCACUAUUUGUCUUUCCGUGGGGGUGAAAAUAUAAACCAUUGUGUUAUAAUGAUAACCAUCAGGCAAAAUCUCAUUCAUAAAUUAUUUGAGAAAAAUUAUCCAUAUCCCUUGCUUGGAAUUCAAUACAUUCCAAAAUUGUCACAUCUGAAUUUGAUUGGUAAUAAUAGCUGAGGAAAGUGAUGCCUUGAAGGUCACUGUUUGUUGUGUGAGGGAGCCCUGACCACACCCUGCACACACAACUGAAAAGUUAAGGAGAAUACAACUAACCCUUAGACUAUGGGUGUAGUUAUAGAAAUCAUCAACAGCCUUGGUUAUAGCUAUGGGUGUAUUUAUAUAACAUAAGACAUUUCCCACUAGAAUAUUUCUUUGAAUGUUGCAAAAAUGGGUCAUAUGUGCUUCUGCUAUUCGUAGCAUAAAUUUCAGCAGUUGGGAAUCCUCCUGUCAAUCAGCCCUUCCCUAGCUGUUGAGAUGUAUGAAAGUUGUAUGAAAAAGUCUACGGAGAAAGAAAAAAAAUCACCAAAUUUCAACUUUUUUUUUAUCUCUGAAUCUAUUGAAUGUAACAACAAACUGUUCUGAGCUGAAAUUAGACAUUUUUUGUUGAUCAGUGUAUUUGUUUACAUUCGGAAAUGCCUGGAAAUAUCAAGAAAUAAAGCAUCACUCCUGCUCCCUCUAAAGCCAGAGUGAAGAGUUACAACAUCAAUCAUUGUCAACUUCAGGGAAAUCUGAAUCUAAUGAGACUAAAAUGAACAUGAUCAGCAUGAUAGUACUGAAGUAACUGAGCUAAAAAAAAAUAACUAGUGUUAAGCACCUACUAAAAAAAGUCAGGUGCCGGAGUCGUGACUCGUGGGGAGAAAUACCCGUGGCCCAGGGGUUAAGAGGUUUUCUGUAUGCCAGGAGAGCAAUGGAUUAGCAAGAUUCAGUGUUGUUUGUAUGGAGUGACUGUCUCUCUUGUGCACCUCCACAGCACAGUGAAAAGUGUAGAUCUAGCAAGGGCUACAUCUCCAUUAAUUUCUUCAGCCAUCACUUGUUAGGGUCAGGUGUGUGUUAAAUUUAUUUGUGGCCAGAGUACUUUUCCUGACUCCCUAAACAAACCCCAUGACUGUAGCUUUGAAAGUUUGUAUUUUAUGUUAUCUAUUCAGCGAGUUUAAGCAAAUAGUUUUUCAUUUUUUAUUGUGCUUGUCAGUUUUCUUUAAUUUUCCAAAUACUAAAACAAACAUGACAAAAACUGAGUGACUGGUAUGCUGGACAUACAUAAAUUUGGUGUAAUUUACAGCAAGUCUAUUAACUACAAAAAGUUCAUCAAGUUUUAUGAUUUGAAUUAUAGCAGAUAUAUAGAACCAUAUAUUUUCAUUGUGCUUGCCAUAGAAAAGGUUUAAAAGAUUGUCCUCUCAUUUAUUAUUAUUAUUAUUUUUUUUCAUUGAAGCUUUUCAAUACUAAGCAGACAGGGAUGAUCUUCUCCAAAGCAUUCGCUGAUUUAAACGAGCAGCUGAUUUUCAUGUUAGUGUCACUGUGUGGUCCAAAUGUGUAAAUGUGCAGACCUGUAUCAGAGAAAUUCCUUGCUCAGAUAGUUUUGAAGCAUUGAAUUUUCUUAAUUUCCUGGAGGACAUUAAGCAUAUUAGCAGUCUAUCAUUAAAGAUUAAAACUAAUCUGCAUUGACUUACCAAAAUGCUCUUUUUGAAUUAGAAAAGAUAUUUUCUGGAACCAGUGUUUUUUUUAUUUUUUUUUUUAUUUUUAUUUUUAUUUAUUUAUUUUUUUUUUUUUAUGUGAAGCACAAUCAACUUUCAUGCCAUGGACAUGAGUGUGUAGUUCAGGUUAUGAACCCAGGUAUUGGAGGUGCUCAGUCCUACACUGAAAUUUUAACCAGUCUAUCAAUUAUUUCACCAUGCUGAAAAUGAACCUAUUUGGUUUUUGUCGAAACAUUAUUGUCACAGUCAAGUUUUAAGUGCCAAGAGUCCUCGGUGGUUAUCCACGUUAAGAUUGCAGAAGUUCCUAAUUAUGAUCACUGAAGGCAAUCAGAUUAGCAUAAAGGUGCACAUUUAAGUUAUCCUUAAUAUACAUUUAAUUUGUAAUCUUUCUACAGACAAUUACUUUUAUUGUAAACCUUUAUGGGUGAUUCACUUUCAAGAUAAUUGACUGCUGGUAUUGUCUUAAUGUCCAGCAAAUGUGAAGAAUCAAAGGAAAAUGGUUAUUUCUACCGGGUGAUUCUCCAUGACAACCAUAUUUUCAAGAAAACGUUUCCACUCUCAUCAAGUUUGCAGACAUGCCAGACUUAUGAGAGAACAAUAAUGAUUUUAUAUUAAAUGUGCUCACUUAUUUAAAAGCUUUCCUGUGUCAAAACAUUUGUGUCUUCUUCCUGUACUCCCCAUUGUGUUAUCUUCAUGGAUCUGUGGCAAAUCAAGGUACUACUUACAUUUUACUUCAUGUGGGCAAGAACAUUAAGUGAAGAAUGAUAUUUUGUAUACAACUGAGUUGUUUUGUCUCAAAAUGGAAGCAUUUACCAUAUUUUUCUCAUUAUCCAAUUAUUUCCCCAUUUUAACUACUUUAUUUUUAAUGUUCUUACCAUUAGAAAAUCUGCAGAUGGCAGCUAACCUUAAGUGUCUGCCAUACGUUAGAUUUCUUGUAAAUAUGUAAUAAUUUCUAGAAAUAAAUUGAGACUUGUUUACCAAA